AUUCUCGAUGACAAUUCCAGCUAUGACGAGACGUCAGCUGUACAGCAGAAUGGGGGCGCUGCACACCUUGAUGUACCAUACACAGUGCAAGUGAGCUCUAUCCACAAGAUGUGGUUGGUGAAACGAUGCUACGAAGACUUCCGUGUUCUAGACAAACAGAUCCAUCGAUGUAUUUAUGACCGGAGGUUUAGUCAAUUAGCGGAGUUGCCGAAGGGGAGGGCGCUGUCUGAGGACAGAGAUGCUGUGAAAGCGAUGUUGUCACAUUAUCUGAACAGAUUUUCUGAAAUAGCGGGUGACCGUAUCAACUGUGGACCAGUGCUAAAUUGGAUGGAGAUGAGCCCGAAAGGAGAUCAUAGUUUCAUUAUUGACAACCAUGGCAAUCGAUUAGUUGUUGGCGAUGAUUCUGCGAUUAAUAUACCCGCUGUUGCUGCCGCUCACGUCAUCAAGCGAUACAUUGCACAAGCACCCGAUGAGAUUACAUUACAGGUUGGCGACAUUGUAUCUGUGAUUGAUAUGCCACCAUCAGAAGACUCCCUCUGGUGGCAUGGAAAACGAGGUUUUGAAGUAGGCUUUUUUCCCAGUCAGUGUGUAGAGUUAAUAGGAGACAUUGUACCACCAGCCGUUGCAUCAAAAAUUCCCAAGACCCCUAAACCAGUAUUGCGACGACAUGGAAAACUAAUAACAUUCCUCAGAUCUUUUUUGGUUCAACGACCUACGAAAGGUGGUCUAAAGCAGCGUGGGAUUCUCAGAGAGCGAGUAUUUGGGUGUGACCUAGGGGAGCAUCUUCUAAAUACGGCUCAAGAUGUUCCAGAAAUGGUGAAAGCGUGCACUGAGUUCAUUGAGGAGUAUGGCAUUGUGGAUGGCAUCUACCGUCUGUCUGGAGUCGCCUCGAACAUACAUCGGUUACGAGAUGACUUUGACAGCGAGCAGACUCCAAAUCUAAAUGAGUUUUGCAAGGAUAUUCACUGUGUAACAGCUGUUUGUAAAUUGUACUUUAGGGAAUUGCCAAACCCAUUACUUACUUAUCAACUUUACGAUCGCUUUGCGAUUGCAGUAGCUGAUGAAGAGAAUCGCCUCAUGCAUAUUCAUGACACCGUCCAGCAACUUCCACCACCACAUUAUCGUACCUUAGAAUAUCUUAUUAAACAUCUAGCAAAGAUGGCUGAAAAGGAGGACCGAACAGGCAUGAACACAAAAAACCUGGCAAUAGUGUGGGCUCCAAAUUUACUUAGGUCAAGAGAAAUUGAAUCCGGAGCAGCAGCAUUCAUGGAAAUUCGUGUGCAGGCUGUCGUUGUCGAGUACUUAAUUCGUAACAUGGAUCUUAUCUUUAAUAAUAAACUCUUCCCUGACGUACCGGGUCUUGCUGUUGCUAAGCAACAGAUGCAACGACCCAAGUCUGUUAUUGUCGGUGUCCCGACCAAGCUGUUAUCACUGGAAGAAGCACAAGCUCGCUGUCAGAAUGUGGAACCAGAAAAAGAGAAAAAAUACAUCGAGGUUGGCGGCGGACCUAGCGCCCUACAGGAAUUUCAUACAGUCAUUGAUGUCCCGGGUCGACGACCUUCAGGAAGCAAAUCCAAAAAAUCGGGAACUUGGAGAGAUUUUUUUAGCUUCAAGCAAAAGGACGGUAAACAAAAGUCACCGGCAGAGAAUUUGGAAGAAAGGACAUCCUAUGUGAUGAAGGGAAAACAAGGCAGUCUGCGGUCUGUUCGUAGUGUAGAGAGUCUAACGAUGAUGGAUGCUAAAACUAUUACAGUGUCCUUUGACCGUUCAAAACAUCCAGAGUCAGCAAGACUGCCACGUAGGAGAUCAUCCAUUUCCUGUGUUGAAGAUACUGGUCUAAAACGCUGUUCCUCAAAUGACUCGUACUUUGAUGAUGGAGACACUGUUACAUCAGCUGCCAUUGCAGCUGCCACAAAAGAAUUUUUGACUGCAACUGGUCAGAAACAUGUUCUUGAUGACAGUCAUGAUCCUGAACAAGAAGCCAUGCAUUGGCACGAUGUUGAUAGCAGGAUGUCAAGUCCUAUGUGGAUUGACGAAGGGGUGAACACACCAGAUACCUCAAACAAAGGAUCGCCUUUAACCCCUCUUGCCACUCCAAGAGAUAUGGCAAUGCAACCAACUGUAAGGACAAGAGCUCAUACCGAUCCAAUUCUGGAUCAAUCGUAUGAUCGCAAACUUGAUUUCCAAAAAUCUUUACCCGCGGAAAUCCAUUCCCCUCAACGACCGCCAAGGUCAGUUGAUGUUGCCCCAAAAAAUAUGACAGACACACCAUUAGAUGUGAAAUCAAGAACUAGACCAGUACCUCCACCAAAGCCUAGUCAAAGGCCUGUGCCGGCACCUAGGGUGUCUUUAUCUCAAAACACCACAAGUGACCAAAUAUCUUCAAGUGUAAAUAUAGAAAAUUCUGUUUGUCAGGAGGUGAUGACAGCAGAAAGUGAAUCGGAACAAAGACGCCCCUCGGUACUUCAAAAGUUAAAGCAUGCUGUCUCACCAAAAAGAGCAGAAAGAGAGAGGAAAUCGGGGGACAGGAACUCAGGCCAUGAAAUGUUAAAUGAAUCAAAUGAUCAUCCAGUUAAAAGGAAACCAAUACUAUCACCUGUAGAUACAAGAAAACUGGUAGCAAAGCCUGAGAACUUACAGACACAUGAGGGCGUUGUAAUGAGACCUCGAAAACUCUCUCCAUUGGUAUCGCAGCAAACAGAUGCUUUUGAAGGAUUUUUAUCUUCCCCACGCAAAAAUCGUUACAGCUUAGAAACUGUAUUAUCGGAGUACGAUAACUUGCGUGAAAAAUACCAUUCUCAGGCACUGUCCCCAGAUUUUGAUGUACUGCAGGAAUUUGGGAAUGAAUGUGAAAACAAUGUAAAUACACAGGGUAUAAAUAUUUCGCCUACAGAAAGAAAAAGGGACCACAGAUAUAACAGUGAGGAAUCACGGACUAGGGUUGAUGGCCAGAGUAAUAAAGUGGAUGAAAUGUCUCUGGGUUUAAGUUUAAAAGAAAGACUUGAAAAAAUCAAUUCCAGGCAUAGCCAUGAGGUGGAAGAGGUACAAACAGAGUUUGCCAAAUCAGAAUUUCCUGGACCACAAAUGGCCACGAUAAUGCCAUUUACACCACCUCCUACACCAAAUACCUCUGAUACUGUAUUUAGUUACAGGAACUCUAACGGCUGUAUGGAUGGUACAGUCUCUCCAGGUAUCAGCUCGCUGAACAUAAGCUGCAAUAAUUCCAAGGGCGAUGCUGCCUCUCCUAAGUUGUUUUCAAAUUUUACAGAGCAGGUGAGGCAUCCUGUCAAACUGGGUUCCUUCAAAAAGAAAAGCCCAACAAUGACAGCUUACGAGCAGAACUCUGCGAAAAUGAAGUCAGUAGCGGCUAAAAUGAGUGCAUAUUCCUCACCAGCAACAUCACCUACAUCACCAACAGAAGAGGAUGUUUUCCACAUUGCUGCAUCAAAGCCCAGGAUGGAGAACCAGCAGAGAGAUUUGAUGGGACGCGGUUAUCUGUAUACUAACUCCUCACCAGAAGAAAGCUUGUAUAUGAACUUCCCAGUCGUGCCAUGGGAGACAUCAAAUCUGUCGAAGUUUGGAGAUGACUUCAAGGCAAGUAGGUCGACGUUAAUCUCACAGUACGACAAUUUAGAUGAUGAAUACGAUUGCUCAUUACAAUCAAAAAGCCUUCCUCCUCUAGCUAUUGUAGAAGAUGAUAUUAGUGAUAAUUAUUGAGUGUAAAUAAUAAUUUGUUUAUAAAUAGAUCAGCCGAGAGUAAUGGCUCCAGAAAUUUGCCAAGAGGGGUUUCAACUAGCCCCAUAGGGGGUCCAAACCAAAGGACCCUCUAGAGCCUCAGUCAGGGUCCUAAAAUAAUGUCCCUGGUUGUUUUCAUUGAGGGAGGUAUCAAGGUUUAGGAUGGCCCAAAAGUGUGUUUUUAGACCACAAUAUUAGGCAUUGGCAAUCAUAAUAACUUUAGUUUGGCAAACUAAUAUUUUAGUCUGAUGAACUUGUCAUUGAUUCUGACAAGGGGGUCCAUGAUUGUCCAAUGUGGAUUUUCCAUUUGAUCCCUACCACUAUCCUGAUGUGGUUUAAACCUUCAUAGAAACGUUUUCCUUUUAUUUUCAUUCAACUGUUUGUGACCACAUACAGUAUAAUGUUCUGAUAUAUAAUACUAAUUAAUACACUCUUACCUCUACAAUAAGGUAUCACAGUGCUUUACAUAUGCAAAAGUUUUGUUUCUUAGCAAGGACAGACAUAAAACCAAACAAAUAUGUUUUGAAUGUUUUAAGCGAGGCUAAAAACUAAUACCCUUUUCACACAGGAAAGUAGUACAGUUAGUAAACAAGUUGUAACAUGGUUUGUGAAAGCAAAUCCAUAUAAAACGUUCCAAGAUAUUGAAGGGGAACCCUGCAAUAUCUCAGCAGAAAACUAAGUUUUACUAAAAGUUAUUCUACAUUUGAGUUUGAAAGUUGCAUCAAAAGGCUUAAGGGCUAUUAACACUAUCAAUGUGUAUGUGACAAAUCCAAAGGUUUGACCAUACAGUAUAUGAUAUGAUGUUACAUCAUCCUCUUCAUAUAUGGGAUGUGAUAUGACAUCAUCCUGCCCAUAUAUGAUAAUUUACAUAAAUUUGUCACAAACUUGGUAGUGUUUUUAAGGUUUAUAUUUGUUUUUAAAUGUAAGGAAUUUAUUCUGAAAUUAAGCUCUGUACAAACUAUCAAAUUUUAUGUGACAAAUAAAUGUAAUAUGCCCAUAUUUUGUUGUAAUAUGACAUACCCAUAUAUAGGCACAUCAUACCCAUAUAUAGGCACAUCACACCCAUAUAUGGGCACAUCAUACCCAUAUAUAGGCACAUCAUGCCCAUAUAUAGGCACAUCACACAACUUUGUCACAUAAUAGUGUGGACAAUGCUUUAGGGAUUGGAAAGCAUUCAUUAGCUGCACAAGCUACAGCUCCUCUCCUUUGAAUGGAAUAAAAGGCCUGCGCUCUCCUUAGAUAUUCAGUAAACCUGUCAUUAAAUUGUUUGUUAAAAGUAUUAUCGAUUACAAAACAAAGUAAAAAGUAUAUAUUAAUCCCUGAAUUAUAUAUAGUGAAUAUAUAGUGAAUAUUAACACUACUUUAUUUGUAAAAUUUAUUAUAUAUGGUUACUUGUAUGCCAGUCUUUAAAAGAGAGUAAAUUUGUUGUACCAAUAUUGGUUAAGCCUGGUUUCCUUAAAAUCGCUACAGCGUUUCAAGUGCAAUCGUUGUACUGCGUGGCAGUCCCCGAUGCAGUCGGGAGUGCUCCCCGGUUUGAUCGACCAAUCAGCAUCACUGAAAGCUGUCAGUGAUAGUGCAUAGCGAUUGUAUGGAAAUCGUGCUUUAUCAUGUAUACCAUGGAGGAAUUCCCCUAAGCCCCGUCCUUUGGAUGUUGUUGCUAAGGUCCCAACAGUAUUAAAACUUACGUAAAUACACGCUUGUUAGACAUGCACGUAUAUUGGUCAGUUUAGUUUGAUUGACAUUCCGGAAGGGUCAAUUAUUAUAUAUACUGUACAGCCUUUAAGUUCUACAUACACAGCCUUUCUUUUUAAUGGCCAUGCAUUGUUAGCAAGUAGUAUUUGCCAAUUUUAGCGUACUGGGUAAUUGAUGGACCAAAUGUUGAACAAAUAGUUAUCAUACAUUAUAAUUACACAGAAUAGCAUACAUACAUGAAUUGCUGCGCAAGUCCAUUGCUGUUAUUGUGCAACAUGCAGAAUGUUAUGUUAAUACAGUAUCAAAGAUACUAGAAACACAAGAUAAAGCACUCGAAUAGUAAAAAUGAGGCGGAAAUCGUGCCCGACGUAGGCGGCGCCCUUCUUUUUAACCAUGCAAGUUUUCUAUACUUUGUGCCCGACGUACAGGGCGCACUUCUGUUGCUAAGUAUAUCCAGACGCAUACGGCGCCCUUCUUUUUCCACUAAUGGAGGAAAACUUUAUCACUAGAGUGCGUCCGACCAUACGAUUUUGCGCUAUAUUGUUGAUCCAUAAGCUUAAUUGUGUGUUUUAAUUGGAUAAUAGCAACGAUUUCUACCUCCGCCAAGGAAUUAUGUAUUCACCGUUGUCACUGUCUGGGUACAAUUGUACUAAUUGUACAAUUGUGUAAAUUUUUUAAAUU